CCCCGCGGGAGCCAGGCGCCGCGGCUCGGGCGCUUCUGGCGCUUGUCCGCCGCCCUGGGGAUGCUGUGGCUCCCCGCCUCGCAGGCGUUCAACUUGGACGUGGACAAGUUCACGGUGUACAGCGGCCCCGAGGGCAGCUACUUCGGCUACGCGGUGGACUUCCACGUACCUGAUGCUCGCACAGCGAGUGUCUUGGUGGGGGCGCCCAAAGCCAACACCAGCCAGCCGGAUAUCGUGGAAGGGGGAGCCGUCUAUUAUUGUCCUUGGCCCGCGGAGGGGUCUGUGCAGUGCCAGCAGAUACCGUUUGACAACACCAACAACAGAAAGAUCAGAGUUAAUGGAACCAGAGAACCUAUAGAGUUUAAAUCAAAUCAAUGGUUUGGAGCAACAGUGAAAGCUCACAAAGGGAGAGUUGUGGCCUGUGCUCCUUUAUAUCACUGGAGAACUCUUAAACCAACACGAGAAAAGGAUCCAGUUGGCACUUGCUAUGUAGCAAUUCAGAAUUUCAGUGCAUAUGCUGAAUACUCUCCUUGUCGGAACAGCAAUGCUGAUCCUGAAGGUCAGGGUUACUGCCAAGCAGGUUUUAGUCUGGACUUUUAUAAGAAUGGAGACCUUAUAGUAGGCGGACCUGGAAGUUUUUACUGGCAAGGUCAAGUGAUCACUGCCAGUAUUGCAGAUAUCAUUGCAAAUUACUCAUUCAAGGAUAUUCUAAGGAAACUGGCUGGAGAAAAGCAGACAGAAGUGGCUCCAGCUUCCUACGACGAUAGUUACCUGGGAUAUUCAGUUGCUGCUGGGGAAUUUACUGGAGACUCUCAGCAAGAAUUGGUUGCUGGAGUUCCAAGAGGAGCACAGAAUUUUGGAUAUGUCUCAAUCAUUAACUCUACAGAUAUGACCUUUAUUCAGAAUUUCACUGGCGAACAGAUGGCUUCUUAUUUUGGAUAUACCAUUGCAGUAUCAGAUGUUAACAAUGACGGAAUGGAUGACAUAUUGAUUGGGGCACCUCUUUUUAUGGAACGUGAAUUUGAGAGUAACCCUAGAGAAGUAGGACAAAUCUACCUGUAUGUGCAAGUGAGCGCUCUCUUCUUCAGAGACCCACAGGUCUUCACAGGCACCGAGACUUUUGGGAGAUUCGGGAGUGCUGUGGCACACUUAGGAGACCUGAACCAAGAUGGAUACAAUGACAUCGCCGUCGGAGUGCCCUUUGCAGGAAAGGAUCAAAGAGGCAAAGUGCUCAUUUACAAUGGGAACAAGGAUGGUUUAAACACCAAGCCUUCGCAGAUUCUGCAAGGAGUGUGGGCCUCGCAGGCUGUCCCUUCCGGAUUUGGCUUUACUUUAAGAGGAGAUUCAGACAUAGACAAGAAUGAUUACCCAGAUUUGAUUGUGGGCGCAUUCGGAACAGGAAAAGUAGCUGUUUACAGAGCAAGGCCAGUUGUGACUGUGGAUGCCCAGCUUCUUCUACACCCAAUGAUUAUCAAUCUUGAAAAUAAAACUUGCCAGAUUCCAGACUCUCUGACAUCUGUGGCCUGCUUUUCUUUAAGAGUAUGUGCAUCUGUAGAAGGCCAGAGCAUUUCAAACACAAUAGCCCUGAUGGCUGAGGUGCAAUUAGAUUCCCUGAAACAAAAAGGAGCCAUUAAACGAACACUCUUCCUUGAUAACCAUCAGUCCCAUCUCGUCUUCCCUCUUGUGAUAAAGCGGCAGAAACCCCUUCAAUGCCAGGACUUUAUCGUUUACCUUCGAGAUGAAGCUGAAUUCCGAGAUAAAUUAUCUCCAAUCAACAUUAGUUUGAAUUACAGUUUGGAUGAAUCCACCUUUAAAGAAGGCCUGGAAGUGAAACCAAUAUUGAACCACUACAGGGAAAAUGUUGUUAGAGAACAGGCUCACAUCCUGGUGGACUGUGGAGAAGACAAUCUGUGUGUUCCUGACUUGAAGCUGUCAGCUAGACCAGAUAAGAAUCAAAGGGCUUCACUGUUGCCAAUAAUGGGGAGCCCUUGCUCCAGCCCUAAUAAUUGUACUGGACUGCGACCACUGAGCUGUGAGUACAAGAUGGAAAAUGUAACCAGGAUGGUGGUGUGUGACCUUGGUAACCCUAUGGUGGCUGGAACAAAUUAUUCUCUGGGCCUCCGAUUUGCAGUUCCACGUCUUGAGAAAACAAACAUGAGCAUUAACUUCGAUCUCCAAAUCAGAAGUUCCAACAAGGACAAUCCAGACAGCAAUUUUGUGAGUUUGCAAAUCAACAUCACUGCGGUAGCUCAAGUAGAAAUAAGAGGAGUAUCCCACCCCCCACAGAUUGUUCUGCCCAUUCACAACUGGGAACCAGAAGAGGAGCCCCGCAAAGAAGAGGAAGUUGGACCAUUGGUGGAACACAUUUAUGAGCUGCACAAUAUUGGACCAAGUACCAUCAGUGACACUAUUCUGGAGGUGGGCUGGCCAUUCUCUGCCCGGGACGAAUUUCUUCUCUAUAUUUUUCAUAUUCAAACUCUGGGACCUCUGCAGUGUCAAACAAAUCCUGAUAUCAACCCACAGGAUAUAAAGCCAGCCGUCUCCCCAGAGGCCACCCCUGAGCUGAGUGCCUUUUUGCGAAACUCUACCAUUCCACACCUUGUCAGGAAGAGGGACGUGCCUGGGGUCGAGCUCCACAGACAAAGUCCUGCAAAGAUACUGAAUUGUACAAAUAUCGAGUGUUUACAAAUCUCCUGUGCAGUGGGACGACUAGGAGGAGGAGAAAGUGCUGUCCUGAAAGUGAGAUCACGAUUGUGGGCCCAGACCUUCCUCCAGAGAAAAAAUGAUCCCUAUGCUCUUGUAUCUCUCGUGUCCUUUGAAGUUAAGAAGAUGCCUUAUAAAGACCAGCCAGCAAAACUCCCAGAAGGAAACAUAGCAAUUAAGACGUCAGUUAUUUGGGCAACCCCGAAUGUUUCCUUCUCAAUCCCAUUAUGGGUAAUUAUACUAGCAAUACUUCUUGGAUUGUUGGUUCUGGCCAUUUUAACCUUAGCUUUAUGGAAGUGUGGAUUCUUUGACAGAGCAAGACCUCCCCAGGAUGAUCUGACUGACAGGGAACAGCUGACAAGUGACAAGACCCCUGAAGCAUGAUAAGGAAAGACAAAGACCAAAAAACUCAAGCACUGGUCCUGUUCAAAGGAAAGAAAGAACAUAAGGGUUAAAUAAAGGCUUUCCUGUACCUGCCAGUGACCUAAGAAAUGGAAGAACCCCUGAAAAUAUCACCUCAUCAACAGUGCCCUUUGGAGAUGUUGCUAUGGGAGCUCAGUGAACCCUUUUGGAAAAGGCAACCACAGUGCAGUAGAAAGAACCAGUAAUCUUGGAAGG